AUGUCAGAAAAUAGUUUUGAAAAAUGUACUGACAGUUUUGUUCAAUGGACUGUUGGAAAUGGUGGUUACACGGUUUCUGAUAAGGUUAAGGUGAUCGAUUAUCGAAAUGUCGGUCGUGGUAGGGCUAUGGUUGCUGUCGAGGACGUCGCUGAGGGCGAGACUCUGUUUGAGAUUCCUAGAGGUUCGAUUUUGAAUGUUAAUACAUCUGCUUUGACUAGGGACUACCCUUCUUUUGGAACUAGUCAAUUAGGUGAAUGGGAGGAAUUGAUUCUGUGUAUGUUAUAUGAGAUGUUUGUCCUGGGGGAGAAUAGCAGAUGGUAUCCUUAUUUCAAUGUUCUGCCUUCUUCCGCCGAAUUGAAUUCUUUGAUUUAUUGGUCAGAUAGAGAAUUAGGGCUAUUGAAACCUUCUUUUGUUAUUGAGAGGAUUGGACGUGGGAAGUCUCAGGAAAUGUUCAGUAAAGUCCUCAGUUAUAUCGAGAAUCAGGACUCAGAUCUAUCCCUGAUUGCGAAGUAUUUGACGUGGGAGAACUUCGUUUAUGUGGCCAGCAUUAUCAUGUCUUAUUCCUUUGAUGUAGAAGAUUUGAACCCCCAGUCUGAUGAAGAUGAUGAAAUAGAGGAUGAUGACAACGAUUCUGAGAUGUCUCCAGACAAGUCUAUUAAAUCUAUGAUUCCCUUGGCUGACACUUUAAAUUCAGAUACGCAUCUGUGCAAUGCUAAUUUAAUGUACGAUAAGGAGACUUUAAAAAUGACAGCAAUUAAACCCAUCAGAGCUGGUGAAGAAGUGUUUAAUAUAUACGGUGAACACCCAAACUCAGAGAUACUAAGAAGAUACGGUUACGUUGAAUGGAAAGGGUCGAAAUACGAUUUUGCAGAGCUCCCAUUGGAAAAGCUUACGGAUGGUGUAAUAAGUCACUUUAAGAUGCAAGAUCAACAACUCCUUAGAAUGAUAUUUGAUAUUAUUGGAAAAAAUGAUACUAUUAACCAAAUUGCAGAAGGCGAAAAUAUAAUACUAGACACUUAUGACUGUUAUCGUGACGGCCAGACGUUAGUUGAAGCUAUUUUAUUAUUACAAACUGUGUGUAUUAUAUACCAAAUCCCUGACAUUUUAAAGGCUUCAGAAGAAGAGUUAACUAAAAAUGUUGAAAGAUCAUUUGCAAAAUGUUACCAACUGAUUCAAAGCGGUAGAAUUACAAGACAAUGUUUGAAAGCCUGGGAGAAAUCGAUUGAAUUGAGGAUAUCGGAUUACCCUAGUCAUGCUAACAGGGAACUUACUCCACAAACUAAUAUCACAGAUAUUACCACAUUGAGAGAUGCCAUGGCCCAUGUUGUUCUGCAAGGUGAGGUUGAAGCCUUACGCAGCUGUCGUCUAGCUCUAAGAUCAAACUAUAAAGUUAUCGAAGAUUCCAAAUUGCUAAACAAUAUCUUGAAAAGAAAGGCUAACAGUGCAGAGGAGGACGAUAGAGAUGGCAAACGUCAAAAACAAUAG